AUGGUUUCAGUAGAUCCUGCGUCGACGGAAAAUCCCUUACAGAUUCUACUGAAGCGGCUCGAGGCCGACGAAGCUGUGGAUGCGCUCGCGAAGCAGUGCGGCGUGGAUGGAUGGCUCGACUCUGUAGAAGUCUUGGAUGCAGCCAGAUCUCAGGCCUUGCAGAUGGAAGAGGAGCUCAACGCCUUGCGCUUGAAAAUUGCAAGAAUCGAGAAUGGUACCCUCCGCUCAGAACUGACAGCUUUUGCGAGACCUCCUCGCGACAUCGACGGCUCCAGAUUCUGGGCAGUCCUUAUCGGUAUUGACGGGUAUAGACACCAUCCACUGCAUGGUUGUGUGUCGGAUGCGCUAGAAAUAAAUGACUACUUACUCAACGACCUCGGCGUCCCCAAAGAUUGCAUCCAGCUCCUUCUUGGUCCCUCUGGCAAACACCGUGACUGCGCCCGCUGCCUUCCUGUAGAAAUUUCCAACCCUUCUCGAGCCAACAUUAUCAGCACACUCUGCGAUCUCAUCACCAAUCACAAAAUCGAGAAGGACGACAGCAUCAUUAUCUACUUUGCCGGGCACGGUUCAUGCUAUGAUUACUCUCAUUACCCCGGGAAUCUCGACAAUGGGAACUCAAAAAUCUCAUUUAAGGAUCUGAAAAUGAUCACAGCGCUCUGUCCCAUCGACCGUGGCAAUCAGGAUGGCGGCGUGCCCGUACCCGAUAUCAGCAACCGAGAGAUCGACGCCAUUCUCAGCCAAGUAUGCGUUGAGAAGGGACAUCGCAUCACCUUCAUCCAGGAUGCCAGCCACGGGAUGGAUUUCGAGCUCGUUGCUCGCGUUAGCCUGGCGAGCCGCUUUAUCAGAUACUCGCGGAACUCGUAUCUAUUGGUGGUCAAUCACGUGUUCGUACCAGUAAAAUUUGGUAUACUUUUCUCUUUACUCGAUUGA